AGUUUGCCAACUGCCCUGAGCUGCCAUAACAAAACAAAGAUUCAACAUUAUGGUGCUCGAAGAAUUAUUUCUGGUUCUGUUUAAUUUCCAACAAACUGUUGCACACAAAAGGUGAAGCAGUUUGUGCAAGAAAUUGGCAGUAAAUUUGCGACAAAACUUAAAAUCGAGCGAUGGCAAUGCAAAGACCGACGGCUGCGAUCGUGGUGAUCGGCGACGAGAUCCUCAAAGGUCACACCCAGGACUCGAACUCGUCGUUCGCCGCCAAAAUCCUGUACCGGCUGGGCGUGCGGGUGUGCAGAAUCACGGCGGUCAGCGACACCAAGGAGGACAUCGUCGAGGAACUGCGCCUGCUGUCCGCCAGGUACACGUUCGUGCUGACCUCGGGGGGCGUGGGGCCGACCCACGACGACAUCACCUUUGAGGCGGUCGCCGCCACCUUCGACCUGCCGCUGGUCUUGGACGAGCAACUCGUGCAGAUCGUCCAGUCCUUCUACGGCGUUCGCGACCUCCGCAACAACCCUGCCCUGAAGAUGGCCCGCGUUCCUCAGGAGCACGAGUUGUUCUACGCAGACCCCAGUGCGGCGACCAAGAAGGCCGCCUGGGCCACCACCUUCCCCUUGGUCAAGGUCAGGAACGUGUACGUGCUGCCCGGACUGCCUGAGUGCUUCGAAGCUUGUCUGCAAGGUCUGCAGCACUGCUUUCCGUCCAGCCUGGGCUCUCGUUUCAUGGAGUACCUGUUCCUGCGUUCAGAAGAGAGUCUGGUGGCGCACGUCCUCGAGGACACACUCAAAAGCUGUGCAGACGUGGUGAUCGGAUGCUACCCUGUUUUGAAAAACCCCGAGUACGAAACUAAACUGACGGUGGAGGCAGGAAGCCGCUCUGCUUUGAACCGCGCCCUUGACCUCUUGACCUCGACCCUGCCUGCCGAGUCGAUCGUCCAAGUGGACGCCGUGAAAUUGGCCCUGGACAAACUGCUGCACCUCAACUCGCACGAAAAGGCCAGCGCUGCCUUCGAGGUUUUCGCCGAGUGCCACCAAAGGUUCCCGGACGCGGAAAUCGCCAUCAGCUUCAACGGUGGCAAAGACUGCACCCUUCUGCUGCACCUGUAUCACCUCUUCCUCAGGUCAAAAGGCAAGGCCGACCAAAAGACCAAGGUUCUGUACAUCAGGAACCAAGAGCCUUUCAGGGAGGUGGAGCAGUUCCUGCAGGCGGCGGUCGAAAGGUACAACCUGCACCUGAUCGAGUACAACGAGCAGAUCAAGCCAGGGGUGGACAGACUGCUCCGAGACCAUCCAAAGGUGGAGGCGGUCCUGAUGGGCAACAGAAGCACCGACCCGUACUCGUCCACCCUGAGCACCUUCAAGAUGACGGACGAAGGGUGGCCGCAGGUGAUGCGCGUGUUCCCCCUGCUCGAGUGGAGCUACGCCGAGGUGUGGCAGGCGAUCCUGCUGCUGAGCGUCGAGUACUGCAGCCUCUACGACCAGGGCUACUCGUCCUUGGGCAACCCGCGCAACACCGCACCCAACCCGGCCCUCAGGUACGAAGACGAGCACGGCGUCGUCAGGUACAGACCGGCGCACGCUCUCGUCAACGGCGCCGAAGAAAGGGCUGGCAGGAACAUCAAGGCGACGCCCUAAUCAACUUUGGCACAAAUUUUUACCUCUGUGAAUUUCGUCGGUGUCUAAUUUGGGCACAAACAAGUCAAAUAAUUAAAAAAAAAUCAAGUGAUAUUUAUGAAAAUGAAAAAGGGUAUUUUUCAAUUUAUUCAUUUGGAGCUAAAAACCAACUGUUUUAAAUAAAUUAUGUUUGAUAUUAUUGUUAAAAGGUUGCUACUUUGUUAAUGCUGUGCUAAAAUAAAAUGACAUUCAAA